CACACAUUCAUUUGGCCUUUUCGGUGCACGAGAUUGUCCAGUGAGAGUCCAGAGGACCAUCCAGUGAGAGAACGGAGGGCUGAGAGAGGAAAAGCUUGUUCCUCCAACUCGCACCGCCCUUCUCUCUGCCCUCCACACACACAAGAUGGCGAGUCGGCGGGAGCGUCAAUGGGGAGAGCUUUACAAGAAGUCUGAGUGGAGAGAUCUGCAAUUCCCGAGCGAUGAGCCCCGAGAGGGAGAGAGUCUCUCUGAUCUAUUCUCCCUGAUCUCACUCACUGCUGUCUUGUUCAUCAUCGAGGUAUCACAACACGCACCGCUUUCUUUUGUGCAGCUUCGGUCAGUGGACCUUAGCAACUGAGGGCAGCCGCUGCUUCCUAUCUGCGCUCACGCUGCCUCCCCGUGGCAUUUGCGGUGAGAGCUUAAGGGGGCUGGGCUCUCGAACAGUUUCAGCGCACCCAGCUAGGUGGAAGGGUUGUCGUCCAGGCGAUGGCACAGCUCUCCACGUGUGCUGCGCUGCUGAUGAUGACUGUCAGCUUGACGUGUGUUGGCGCAGAGGGACAGCAGGUGCACCACACACGGAGGCCAUCAAUCCAUUCCUUCGAUACUCUGGUGUGCAUGGCUGUCUUGUGUGUCCAGGUCCGUCUGCGUCGUGUGCAGGUGUCCCCUCCUGGCGGCACGUCGCUGUCUGCCGCAGAGUAUGAGGGGCUGCUCGACUUGAUGGGCAAUGACAAUGGCACAAAACUCAACUCACUGUACCGGUAGGCAAUCACACACACACACACACAGAGAGAGAGAGAGAGAGAGAGAGAGGUGUGUGUGUGUGUGUGGCGUAGGACGUCGGUGCACGGCACCACUUACGGUGACCUGCUGGACAGUGUGGGCGACGCAGAGCCUCUCGUGUUUGUAAUCAGAAAGGGCAAGUACGUCUUCGGCGUCUUCAUCAAUUGUGGUCUGGAGCUGCCCGACGACCCGACCGACUGGCAUAAGUACGACUGUGACCUGUGGUGGUUCUCGCUGGCCGGCCACUUCCCCGAGCCGACCAAGAUCGACAUCGACCGAGGGGAUCAGUGGGUGGCGGUGGCGGGGAGGCAGCGGGGUGCGAGGGGUGCGGGUGUGAGGAUCGGGUGGUGGCUGUCGUUGGGUCUAGGCCACGGUGACAGUGACCGGCCGGCUGCCGACAUCCGCAGCUGCAUGCAAAUCACCGGUAGCCGCAUGGUGCCUGAGGGCUAUACGGGGGAGUGGGAUGAGUAUGGCGACGCAGUGCUAGGCGGGUCGGACUUCUUUCAUGCCGAUGAGAUAGAGGUGCUUCACGUGAUGGGGAAUAGUCGGUGAGGAAGGGGGCAUGUUUCGAUUUGGCGUGCGAUGAGAUGAGUGCUUUAUGGAGGUUCGAUUGGCUUUUGUAUGCCUCACAUAAACACACCUAGUGCAUGGCUGCAUGUGGUGUAGCAGAGGGGAUUAGACGAUUGGGGGGGAUUUGCAGUUACUUCUUUGUUCAAGUCGCCGCAUUUGGUGUGUGGCCUACAUAGUGGGAUGGACUGACUGGCUGAAUGGAUGGACGGCACCACAAGAGGGUGUGCACAUCCAUCCUCUGUUUGUCCAUCAGUGGACUGGCCAUGCAAAGCUUAUCACAUCU